AUGGCCCUUCCGGCGCUCCUCGCGGCCCGGCGUGGGGUGAAGCUGCUGAACCCGAUUGGCAAGCAGGGCAGCCAGCACUACGGCCUGGACCCGCAGCUCAAGGCCGGCCGGGACGUCCACCUCAAACACACGGAGUUUUACGACGGCUACACCGACGACUUUGGGGUGUUUAAAGAAGGCCCCCCGGUGGCCCUGCGGCUGGAGUACGUGCGCUCGCCGGACCACGGCUUCUCCCAGCAGCUCCUGCAGAAGGAGGUGUGGUCGCCUUUCCAGGUCGACGCCGGGCUCGCCACCUUUAGCCCGCUCUACUACGACUGGCAGGGCUUUUCCAGCCGGGAUUACUGGGGCCACCGCCGCGGGACGAACCCGGGGAGCAAAGUCGUUAUGGGCCACUACCGCCGCGAUGAGGAGCGGGCGUGGGGCCACCGCGUGAUGGUGAACCACAAGCCCCCCAAGCGGCUGCCGAAGUGGCUCGCCUGCAUCCUCCACCUCCCGCGGCGAGGGAAGUUUUUGGGCUUUUUUCUCUACGCCAACGGCGCCUACGUGGCGGAGCUGCUGACCUACAAACAACUCCCCCGCAUCGUCUACAACCGCCCGUUUCAAGGGUGUUUGCCGACCAUCGGGCAAACGGUCGCGCUGGCGGAGGUCACCUACGGCAAGGAGCUCCACUCGGUUGAGAUGUACCCCGGGCAUGGGGGGGUGUUCUGCCGCGCGAGCGGGACCGCCGCGGUGGUGCUGCGCGGCUCCGAGCCCAAUCUCGUCCCGAUCCUCCUGCCCUCGAAGGAAAUUCGGCUUUUUGAUUCGUCCUGCCACGCCGUUUUCGGCCGCCGCGCCGGGGUCAUGUACCGGCAGCGGCGGCUUUACGGCAGCCGCGACGUCGAGGCCCACCGCCCGCACCGCCCGAAGGUCCACGCGAAGUCCAAACGCGUCUCCAGCCACCCCGCCGGCGGCGGAAACGGCGGGACGACGAAUUUGUUGGUCCCGCUGGACUGGCGAAUCCACCCGCGGAAUUGCGUGCGCUCGAAGUUCUGGCUCUCCGGCUAUAUUAUUCGAGGCCGGCAGUACAACAAACACCACGCCGUCGCGGAUAUUAAAUCCAAAACCUAUGGCUGGGCCAAUCGCGAUCCGGUCUAUCGCUGA